CUUGCUGCGAGCACAGAGACAUUCCUCAAGUCGCCACUCUAAGCUGGGGGCGGGAUGCUGUUCCUUGUCCUCUCUCUGGGGGUCCUGCACUGCGCUGCCCAAGAUUGGGGACCCCCUGUAAUUAAGAUGAACUCGGAGGUCUUGGACCAGCCUGAGGUGGUUCUGAGCCCUGGUGCACCCCUCAUUCUUAGCUGUGAGGGAAAUGACACAGUGAGAUGGAUCCCACGGUUGGCCAAGUACAAGAAACACAUCACAAAGGCCGGAAAUGUCUUCAGAGUAGACAAAGUCAGAGUGGACUACACUGGCACAUACAAAUGCGAGUAUCUGAGCCGACCGGAUCUGCAAGCCUCUGUUCAUGUCUACGUGAAGGAUCCCAAAAACGUUUUUGUAACCAUGAGCACCGCGAUGAGACACGUGAAGAAGGAGGGUGAGGACUGUCUGCUGUCGUGUCUGCUGACGGACCCCGAUGCCACCGACCUGUCCCUCCGCAUGAGCAACGGCACGGCUGUCCCCGCGGGCAUGAAUUACACCGCUGACCCCAGGAGGGGCAUCCUCAUCCGCAACCUCCUCCCCAGCUACAACGCCGACUACGUCUGCAGCGCCAAGAUCAAGGGCGUGGAGAAGUUCUCUAAGGUUUUCUCCAUCAACGUCAUUCAGAGGCUACGAUUCCCACCCUAUGUCUUCCUGGAGAAAGACGAGUACGUACGCAUCGUUGGAGAACAUCUGAGAAUCACCUGCUCCACCCACAACCCCAACUUCAAUUACAACGUCACCUGGAAACACACAUCCCGGAAGACAUUACAGGUAGAGGAGAAUGUGCAUUCUGAGAAUAGCAGGUUAGACAUCCAGAGCAUCCUGACUAUUCCUGCAGUGAAUCUGUCUGACACAGGAAACAUUACCUGCAUAGGCGUCAACGAGGCUGGAGUCAAUAGCUCUACUACCUUCCUGCAAGUUGUAGAUGGCCCCUACAUCAGGCUGUCCCCACGGCUGUCGCCCAAACUCGUCCGACAGGGCACUGUUGUGGAAGUGAAUGAGGGGGAAGACCUGGAGCUGAGGGUGAUGAUGGAGGCGUACCCCCAGAUCACGGAGCAGGGGUGGAUGACGCCCCUGUCCCACAACGCUACCUCGCAGGAGCGUACGUUCUACCGACACAACAACAGGUAUGAGGCAAUCCUGCUAUUAAAGAGGAUGAACUUAGAAGAGCAAGGCCAGUACACCUUCUAUGCCAGGAGCGCUAAGGCCAACGCAUCCAUCUCCUUCACUGUGCAGAUGUACCAGAAGCCCGUUGCCGUGGUGAGAUGGGAGAACAUCACCACUCUGACCUGCAAGUCCUUCGGUUAUCCAGCUCCAAGCAUCUUUUGGUACCAGUGUUCCGGAAUCAGGACCACGUGCAGUGAAAAUGCUACAUCAGGUCCGGAGCCCCUCCAGGCCCAGACAGUGGAGGUUCAGAGGGAGGAGUAUGGGCCGGUGGAGGUGGAGAGCGUGCUGACUGUGGGGCCAUCCAGCCAUCGCAUGACUGUGGAGUGUGUGGCCUUCAACCUGGUCGGAAUGGGCAGCGACACCUUUGCCAUGGAGGUUUCCCACAAGCUCUUCACACCCACUCUGGCUGCAGCUGCCGCCAUGGCUGGCUUCUUCCUGUUCCUGUUGCUGAUCCUACUCUAUAAGUACAAGCAGAAACCCAGGUACGAAAUCCGAUGGAAGAUCAUUGAAGCCAGCGAUGGGAACAAUUACACCUUCAUUGACCCUUCCCAGCUUCCAUACAAUGAGAAAUGGGAGUUCCCAAGGGACAAGCUGAAACUAGGAAAGAUCCUUGGUGCAGGGGCUUUUGGAAAGGUAGUGGAAGCCACAGCUUAUGGUCUAGGAAAGGAGGAUAAUGUCAUGCGUGUGGCCGUGAAGAUGCUCAAACCGAGCGCCCACUCAGACGAGAGAGAGGCCCUGAUGUCUGAGCUGAAGAUUCUGAGUCACCUGGGACAGCACAAGAACAUUGUUAACCUUCUGGGCGCCUGCACUCACGGAGGCCCGGUGCUGGUGAUCACAGAGUACUGCAGCCAUGGUGACCUGCUGAACUUCCUGCGGAACAAGGCCGAGACCUUCCUGAACUUCGUCCUGACCAUGCCAGGGAUUCCUGAAGAGACCAGCGACUACAAGAACCUGUGUAUCGAGAAGAAAUACAUCAGAAGUGACAGUGGAAUCUCCAGCUCCUGCUCUGACAGCUACCUGGAGAUGAAGCCCGGUCCAGCGUCCACACCCUCUCAAAGUUCUGACUGUGAGGAUGGUGGGGCAGACAACUGGCCACUGGACAUGGAUGACUUGCUGAGGUUCUCCUACCAAGUGGCCCAAGGGCUAGACUUCCUUGCUGCCAGAAAUUGUAUCCAUAGAGACGUGGCAGCAAGGAAUGUACUGCUGACCAAUGGACGUGUAGCCAAGAUCUGUGACUUUGGCCUGGCAAGAGACAUCAUGAACGACUCCAACUAUGUGGUGAAGGGAAACGCUCGUCUGCCAGUGAAGUGGAUGGCGCCGGAGAGCAUUUUUGACUGUGUGUACACUGUGCAGAGCGACGUCUGGUCCUAUGGCAUCCUGCUAUGGGAGAUCUUCUCUCUGGGCAAGAGUCCAUAUCCCAGUAUCCUGGUGGACACCAAGUUCUACAAAAUGAUCAAGUGUGGAUAUCAGAUGUCCCGGCCGGCCUUCGCCCCUCCGGAAAUGUACUCAAUUAUGAAGAUGUGCUGGAACCUGGAGCCAACUGAGCGACCCACCUUCAGCAAGAUCGGCCAACUGAUCCAAAAACUACUGGGUGACCAGCCAGACCAGCUAUAUGAGAACACAUGCCAGGAUUUGCUGGGUGAGCAGCCUGACAACUGCGAUGCUCCGAAGUGCUGCGAAGAGUCGUGUGACCAGUCAUGUGACCAGGAGGAGGAGGACCAGCCACUGAUGAAAACCAACAACUACCAGUUCUGCUGAGACGCCUGACCCCUGCCGUGCCCACCGGCCGGCCUCUUCCCUUUCACCGCCUCACGCUCUUCACCGGUCCGCCCAUAAGCCUGCGCCCCUGCCCUUCUCUGUCUUUCCAAGAUAUUCAUGUGAUUAUUGCUGAGCUGGGACAGUACAAUCUGCAGCCGGUGCCCUCCCCUGGUAAUCAGACGAAAUGACUCUCUGUGCUGUGGGUCACGGAGAAAGUGGCGCCGAGUAGCGUUCUGACACACACACCGAUCAGAUUGGUGACAGAGCUCUUUGAUGUUUUGUCUCCCCGGGGGUCACAUGAACACCAAACCAGAGAGAUGCUCUCUCCCCUCACCUCCUCGCACAUGUUCUCAUUAAUCUCCGUCCGCCAUUGCGAGCGCCAUGUCAGGUCUGUUACAUUACUUUUUCGCUUGUGUUAUUCCUUAUUGUUAACAGUCAAAAACAUAAACAUUUUAGUAUCAGCAUCUGCUGUAGGUUUGGUUUCAUUUCAUUUCUUGCUCCAACCACA